AUGGAAUCAAAUCAAAAAUCGGGGGAUGGAUUGACCGGCACACAGAAAGAAGCUGCUCUCCGUGCAUUAAUUCAGCGGACAGGAUAUAGUUUGAUCCAGGAAAAUGGACAAAGAAAGUAUGGAGGUCCACCACCUGGCUGGGAUGCCCCGCCACCAGAGAGGGGCUGUGAGAUUUUCAUUGGGAAACUACCCCGAGACCUUUUUGAAGAUGAACUUAUCCCAUUAUGUGAAAAAAUUGGUAAAAUCUAUGAAAUGAGAAUGAUGAUGGACUUCAAUGGAAACAAUAGGGGAUAUGCCUUUGUAACAUUCUCUAAUAAACAGGAGGCUAAGAAUGCAAUCAAGCAACUUAAUAAUUAUGAAAUUAGGAAUGGACGACUCCUAGGGGUUUGUGCCAGUGUAGACAACUGCCGUUUGUUUGUAGGAGGAAUCCCAAAAAACAAGAAGAGAGAAGAAAUUUUAGCAGAGAUGAGGAAAGUCACAGACGGGGUCAUUGAUGUCAUUGUGUAUCCCAGUGCAGCAGACAAAACAAAAAAUCGGGGAUUUGCUUUUGUGGAAUACGAAAGUCAUCGAGCAGCAGCAAUGGCAAGAAGAAAACUGCUACCAGGAAGAAUACAGUUAUGGGGACAUCCUAUUGCUGUAGACUGGGCAGAACCAGAAGUUGAAGUUGAUGAAGAUACAAUGUCAUCUGUUAAAAUCCUCUAUGUGCGAAACCUUAUGCUAUCAACCACUGAAGAGACAAUUGAAAAAGAAUUCAACAAUAUUAAACCAGGUGCAGUUGAAAGAAUAAAGAAAAUCAGAGACUAUGCAUUUGUACACUUUAAUAACAGAGACGAUGCAGUUGAAGCUAUGAAAGCCUUAAAUGGGAAGAUGCUGGAUGGUUCCCCUAUCGAAGUGACAUUAGCAAAACCAGUAGAUAAAGACAGUUACGUUAGACACACCAGAGGCACAGGGGGACGAGGUACUGUGCUACAAGGAGAAUACACUUACACAUUUGGACAUGUGUAUGAUCCUGCCACAGCCUACCUUGGAGCUCCAGUCUUCUAUGCACCUCAGGCCUACGCAGCUAUUCCUAACCUUCAUUUCCCUGCCACCAAGGGUGACCUCAGCAGUAGGGGCAUUAUCCGACCUCCAUCUAUUAGAGAAAUUUACAUGAAUGUACCUGUAGGGGCUGCGGGAGUUAGAGGACUAGGAGGACGUGGAUACUUGGCUUACACUGGCCUGGGUCGUGGAUACCAGGUUAAAGGAGAAAAGAGGGGAGAAGACAAACUCUACGAUCUUUUGCCUGGAAUGGAGCUUACCCCAAUGAACCAUAUCGCUUUAAAACCACAUGGAAUUAAACUUGCUCCUCAGGUCUUAGAAGAAAUCUGCCAGAAAAAUAACUGGGGACAACCUGUUUAUCAGCUUCAUUCUGCAAUUGGCCAGGACCAAAGACAACUAUUCCUAUAUAAAAUCACUAUUCCUGCCCUUGCCAGCCAGAAUCCUACUAUACAUCCCUUCACACCUCCUAAGCUUAGUGCAUAUAUUGAGGAAGCCAAGACAUAUGCUGCAGAAUAUACUCUUCAGACCUUGGGCAUUCCGACAGAGGGAGCAGAGACUCCUGCUACAGCUCCUGCUUUUCCAGGAUACACCAUUGCUAAUCCAGCUGCUACUGUACCAGCUACACAACUAAAACAAGCAGUGACGCUGGGACAAGAUUUAGCACCUUACGCAACAUAUGAAGCCUACCCUGCCUUUGCAGUGGCUACUCGUAGUGAUGGUUAUGCAACGUUUUGA